AUAUCUACCUCAUAAGCCAUACUUUUUUUUAAUAGCAGAACUUUAUUAAUAGCCAAGCCAAAAGUUUAUUAAUAGUAAAACUUGCAAUACUAGUAUGUAAAUGCAGUGAUUUGGUGUUGACCUUUAUCAGAUAAUUAUUUUAUAAAACUAAUUUUAGCUCAGAAAACGUUUUUGUGACUACCUGUGUGAUACACCACAAGUUGAGUUAAAGUUCGCUACAACACGACAUGGGGGCGAAGUCCCGGGAGUUUUUACUGCUCCUGGCAGUAUGCGCUCUAGCGUUCGGAGGAUCUGUCAACAAGACAACCAAAAAAAUCAAUGAGUCUGAUGAUUUCAUAGAACAGUACGAGGACUAUGAUGCCGGUCAAGAACAGGAAGUUCUCUUUAAUGAGGACAAACCCUGUCCCAGAGACUGCUUAUGCACUGUAUCCCAAGGAUAUAGAAUAGCUAAGUGCAAUCGUCUGGAAAUCGGCACACAGAAAUUUGGUAAUGACAUUACAGAUCUUGUGGUCGAAAAUGCAGAAUUCCCCAUUGUUCUCACUGAACAAAUAUUUAAAAAUCUAGGUCUUCACCAAGUUGCAACCAUAAAAAUUGUAAACAGCACGAUCGAGUCAGUGGACCCUGCUGCAUUCCGUGGUCUAGAGGAAUUGUACGCGCUAACUCUAUCUAAUAACCAACUUAAGAGGAUACACCCUAACACUUUCAUUGAGAACAAAAAGUUAUUGCUCUUGACACUCUCCAAUAAUCCACUGAAACUUCCUCCAACUGGUUCAACUGAUUAUUUUUUGAAUGCCUCCACCGUACAAGAGCUCAUUUUAUCUAACUGCAACAUACAAUAUAUAAGUGCCAAUGCCUUCCAAAAUAUGCCAGGGCUUAUGUAUUUAGAUUUAUCUAAGAACGAAUUGUCUGGAAUGGAUGCUGAUACAUUCAAGAAACUUUUGGAUUUAGAAGAGAUCGAUCUAAGUGACAAUAACAUAAAAUCGCUACCUGAUGACAUAUUCUCUGAAAACACUGAGCUUGCUACGCUCCACAUCGACAGGAACCCCAUUGACUCUGUUUACGGCUUACAAAUGUCCGAAUUGCUUACUCUUACUGCUGGACAAACUAAUAUUAAAUUUAUUGGACCGUCUAUGUUCAAUGGAAUGACAUAUAUUGCCAAUCUUAACCUCAGUGGAAAUAAUAUUGAAAAAAUUCAUAAUCAAGCAUUCCAUAAAUUAGUCGAACUGAACUAUCUCGACCUCUCCUAUAAUAAUCUUACAUUCAUUUCUAGCGUUCUUAUUAAAGAAAAUAUCGAACUGGAUGUUUUUAAAAUUUCGAAUAAUCCAAAACUGAAACAUUUGCCUACUGAUGGCUUCAAUUGUUCUGCAGAUCAAUUCAAUAUUUAUGCUUUUGAUGCGUCUAAUUGUGGUCUCGAGGAAAUAUUUGACAAUUCUUUAAUGACUUUCACAGCUCUAACUACGAUUAACUUGUCUGGAAACAAAAUUCAGUCUAUAAACAACAAAGUAUUCUCUUACUGUCCCAAAUUAGUUGAAAUUAAUUUGGCGUACAAUAUGCUGAGAACUCUAGAUAAUAAAAUUUUCCAGAAUAACGAAGAGCUUAGUAAACUAUAUCUUCAAGGCAAUCCAUUAAAAGUACUCUCAGCGGAAAUAUUUGUAAAUACACCAUCUUUAACAUUACUUGAUGUAAGUAACGCAGACUUGACCUCUCUCUGGAAAGAAGAUAAAAAUCUUCCAAAAGAACUUCUGAGCCACUUGAAUUUCUUAAACAUUUCACACAACCGCAUAACUGAAUUGAAAGAAUCUGAAAUUAUUAGUUUUGAAAAACUACGAACUCUAGAUGUUACCAACAAUCCGUUGACAUGCAGUCAUGAGUUCGAAAACCUAAUGAUUUGGUUGAAUAAGCACAAAGUUUCACCUAGUUCUAAUAAGGCCAGCAUUGCCAAUUUAGGUAAAGAUGCCAAGGAAGAUGACUUCACGUUUAGCUGGGAAUUCCUAUCACGUAAAACAUGCAGUAAUGCUAACUUCCUGCAUGCAGUAGAACCUUUACCGGCUGUCUCUGAUGAAGAAAUAUGGGAAAGGAUUGACAAAGACAACGUGGGUAAUUUCGAUCUGAAAAAUACUUUAGGAGAUGAUGUAUCAAUAGCUGAAGAUGAACCUAAAGUAACUGAAAACAAAUUGAGUGCUGACACCAACGCUAUUGAUGACGAGCUUAAGAAUAACGAUGAUCUUAAAAAUGACGAUGAUACAUAUGACGAUGAUGGAGAUGAAGAUGUAGACGGAGAUGACGAUGGUGACGAGGAUUCUGAAGAAGAGUAUGAUGAUGCUGAUGAUGAUGUCGAUCUCAAAGUAAAACUCAUCGAAAAACGACCUACACCAAAACCAAAUCCACCCAAGGUUGCUGUAGAAACUACAGAAAAGGAAAAGAUUAAGAUCGAUAUCAAACUUCUAGAAAACGAUAUUUAUGACGAGUUAGAGCCUAAAGAUUACAAGCAAGCGAGUGUAAUUGAAGAGCACGGCCAUUACGAUUACCUGUGGCCAAUGUUAAUAUCUAUACUUUGUGUUCUAGUACUCCUCCUCGUUAUCGCAAAGGUCGUCAUGGUAUUAUGCAAAAAGCGAACGAAGCAGAUGAGAUAUAACAGUGCCAUAAUAGCUGCCAUGACCCAACCAGGUCGUACAAAGAAGGAUUGCGGUCUGGUGUACCAACAGCUGUCAGAAGACCUGACAGGUCCAGCGACGCCUAAACUCAACCGCUACACUCCGCUGCACAGUGUAACAGUCAAGGCUUCCAACAUGUCGUACGAGAGCAGUCCUUUCCAUCACAGCAAUAUUGUGCCUGAAGCAGUUUGAACCGUAUGGUACAAAACAUCACAUUAGAGUUUAAAUAAACUAACAACUGCCUUAUUUCUUACAUGAGCAGUACGUGAUCGAAAUAAGCGCUAGUCAUAAACAAAAAGUUGAACAUUUUUAAUAUACAGUGCCUUCAACGACCAUUUUCGAACAACGUCGACCAAUAUUAUAUUAACUAGCGCAUCUAAAAAGUAACAAGUCAAAUUCAACAAAUUAAUUUAAGAUAUACAUAUUACUAUAUAUUAUACAAAUUAGUUGAUAGGUUUAUUUUAUGUACUUAAAAAUAAUAAAAAUUAAACACUAAA